AUGGAGACGCAAGCCGGCGACGAAUGGCUGGUAGCCUAUGCCACCUACAUUCGAAGCAACGCAGUCGCCUUGGCCGGACAGUCGAGCUCGCAACAAGUCCGAGCCAGCACCACCAACAGCGCAACAUCUUCCAGUCCCUCCACCUUGUCCUGGUUGACGCUGCCAUCGGCUUCUUGGGUUGGCCUGCAAUCGGCCAGCAAUGCGCCCGAAGCUCGACAAAGAACCGCCUCGACCGCCUCUCGAAAUCCUGCCUCAUCUGACUUGCAGGCUUCGCGACUACGUCCUAAUCCACAACCGAGUCCAAAAGCGCUGCCUUUGAACACGCAUCAUCUGUACUACCUUUUGCUACGCUUCGAGGCGUUGGGUCUUCCGGUUGGAUCUUUGGACGUGAGGAUACCUCGAUCUGCUAGGCCUGUCAGCUCUUUCAGCUAUGUAUCGGCUCAUGCUCAGCGAGGUGGCAGAAAGCCUAGGGAUACCGACGCGAUGAGCGUGGGCAGCGUCAGGAGUGCAUUGACGGCGCUCAGCGGAGCCAGCACCUUGACUGGUUGGUGGUCGGGCAGCAGCGAAAAAGGUGAUCCCUUGAAGGACGUCAAAUUCAUCUACUCUGCGUUCACGAGUGAGUGUGCGCCCUGCGCGCCAUAUACUUAACAGCUGGCCUUUGCCAGCAUAUGGUGUGACAUCUCCACCCCUGCUUGGAUUCAUACUGACGAGUGUUGCCCUGAUCCUUCAGAGGUGCCGAGGUUGCGGCUGGGGCCGCUCCCACUCAAGCUGAUCGAGUCGUUCGAAGACUCUCCCGGCAGCUCUUUGGUGCCCCUAGACGUGUUCAAAAACAUUCAAACCCUGGAAUUAGACGAGAUCGACCCUAGCAGCCUACUCGGGUGGGACAGGCUAAGCAUCCAACUUCGCAGCUUAACGCUAAAAAAUUCUGGGCUGGAAGAUGUGACGGAUUUACUGGUGGAUGCGGUCAAGUUGGACGUGAGAAGACGCAAGGGGGAGCAGGUGAAACCUGCGCAGCGUCGCAUACACUCUCCUGCCGCAGUAGAUCAGCCACCAUGGACGGACACGCGACAGCAGCCAGGAGACUCGCCACCCUCUACCGCGAGUUUGGAUGGUCUCUCAUCAGUUGAUGAUGCUCAUGCAUCUGGGCAAGCUGCUCUUCCUUUCUUGUCCUGGCACUUCUUGCGACAUCUCGCUCUGCCGGAUAACUCCCUGACUUUCUUCUCCCCGCCUGCAGACCUGCUCUCAAAUCUCACAUCAUUGGAUCUCUCGUCCAAUCUGCUCAUCUCGGUACCCCCCUCAUUGAACCUGCUUCCGAACCUAAAGCUGCUCAAUCUCGAGGGCAACCUGAUCGAGACCCUCUGGCACAUCUCUUUGGCGAUACCCAACAUCGAAGCUCUUAAUCUUGCCAACAACAGAUUGGAGAGUCUUGCGGGAGCUGAGGACCUCAAAAAGCUGCGGCGAAUCGAUUUGCGCGGCACAGAGCUAGCGGAGGCGAGCGAGGUGGGACGACUUGCGGUCCUGCAAAACCUCAAAGAAAUUUACACCAAGGGUUCUCUGUUCAUGGAAGACGCUGAUCCGCGCGUGGAUGUGUUUGUCGAAUUUGCGCGAGAGGGAAGGGAGAUUGCUCGGAUCCUACUGGACGGUGAGGCACCUGGCUACUUUGAGAAACAGCGCGUGGCGGAGAGAGUACCUGCCAUGCUAGCUCGCAUAGGCCGCGAGUCUACGCCAGCUGCGGAGGAGCUCAGCGUCGAGGAGGCACCAGUACGCCUGGAAAGCCAACAGGCUGAGCCACCUGUAGUAUCUGUGCGACAUCGCGUAAAGGAUGCGAGCACCACAUCUGCCCUAGCUAAAGUCAAAAGCGCUGACGGGCACCGCUCCACCUCUCCCGCACCCGGCGCGACGGCCAAGCGGAGGGCAAGGAGAAUAGUAGAGCUCGACCAGGAAGAGGAAGUUGCGCCGCUGACAGCAGCGGCACUGCCCACUCCUAAACCCCAAGAGAUCUCUGACUCUGAUCUAGUCAAGAGGGCAGCGUUGGCUGGCAACCUCGACGUUGCCCUUGGCGAAGCGCAAAAGGCGAAUGCCAUUCCUAGCCCAAAAGGCAAAGCUAGACAGCUGGACGAUGUGCCAAAUGAUUUGCCUGCCGCAAGACUACAGGCGCGCACAAAUAGCAAUGACGGACCGCGCGCAAGGCCUCAAUCGUUCCUUGCGCCUGGUCCUGCGAGUCUUUCUCGCAAGACUGGUGCUGCCGCCGCAUUGCUGUCUCGCGAGACGAGCGGAGACGUGGAUGGUGCCGGUCGACCUCGCGUGCUGAGCUCCGCCUCCACACUGGGUGCAGCUAGCGCUUCAUCAUCGCGAUACGCGGUUCUGCCAAGCAGGUCACAGACGCUACAAGAUCUCGCAGGCAUUUCGACCCAGGGUCUAGCAUCGAGAGUAGCUGGGCGAUCCGUGGACGACACUGCCAUAAUUAGCGAUGCUUCUUCGCUCAAUGCCGAUAGAAUCGUGAAGACUGCGCGCACAAGAGCUGGCAGACGCUUCGACGCCGCGUCUUUGACAGCUCGACGCAAAACGGUCACUGCAAGUCUUUACGACGCCAGUACGACUUCUUUGAGCAUGCCAGAGCCGAGCGGAACGUCGCUUGAAGCAAGGUUUGAUAAUGCGCCUGCUUCCACAGGUCGCGUUUUGCAAAGCCAGUCAAAGAGCGCAGGUCAGACUGGCAAGGAUGAUUUUAGAAAACGUAUCGAGGCUAUGCGAGAUGGCAUGGGCGACGAGUGGCUCAGAGCUCUUGCGCGAGGGUCGGUCUAUCUAGACGAGAGCAGCGAGGGCUGA